AUAAAAACACCAAUCCCACCCUCCAACCCAGCACAAAGCCACAAAAAGCAACCAAAAAAUUAUAAAGAAAACCAUUCUUUUUCUCUUUCAUCCUCCACUGUCAAGGAGUGUGUCUCACUCACUUCACAGCUCUCAACCAAAUUUCUCUGUUCUUCAAUGCCCCAAGAGAUGCAUAUUACUUCAUGACAAAACAAAGAUGAGUUCUGGUGUGUUUCAUGUCCCUGAAGCAAGCUUUUAAGAUCUGGGGAGAGAAGGGCCUACCAUUUUCAGAUUCACAAUGCCAGUUCCUCUUGCUCCAUAUCCAACACCCCCUGCACCAUACAUGCCACCUGCAAAUGCAGGUACACAAAGCCAGCUAGUAUGUUCUGGCUGUCGCAACCUUUUGAUGUAUCCAGUCGGAGCAACCUCUGUGUGCUGUGCAGUGUGCAAUGCAGUCACAGCAGUACCUCCACCAGGCACUGAAAUGGCUCAGUUAGUCUGCGGUGGCUGCCACACAUUACUAAUGUACAUUCGUGGAGCAACGAGUGUGCAGUGCUCGUGCUGCCACACUGUCAACUUAGCUAUGGAAGCAAACCAGGUUGCACAUGUGAACUGUGGCAACUGCAGAAUGCUACUAAUGUAUCAAUAUGGAGCAAGAUCUGUGAAAUGUGCAGUGUGCAAUUUUGUGACAUCAGUGGGGGUUUCAGCAAGCACCAACGACCAGAAGUAAUAAACUGAAAGGUGAAACCGCUAAGCUUGUACCAUUGGAUGUGUCUUUCCACAAGCAAAGGAAACCUCUCCUUGCUGCAUGUAUUGAGUUAUUUCUUCUCGCGUGAUUGUAAUACAAAUAAAGCAGUUUUGCCCUUUUGAAUCUGCAAAUAAUGUUAUAUCCAAUGACUUGUUAGUUCAAAUAUACAUGAACUUUGCUGUAA